AUGCAUCAAAAGAAAUCAAUAGCUAGUGAAAAUUUGACAUACUUCAUCUCAUCGCAAGCCUUUCAAGCACACUUUAAAAGCGUUUUUACCAGGUUUAAAGAGUUACCCAGGAUCGCGGCAAUGUCAACAGAAGCAUCUGUGGAUAGCGCGUAUCUUGACGAGUCUGUAUCUUUCGAAUCGUUGGGUUUGGAUUCUAGGUUACUGCAAUCUUUGAAACACAGCGGCUUGGUGCAUCCGACACUUAUUCAGUCAAGUUCGAUUACAUUAGCUCUGCAACAAAAACGUGAUAUCAUUGCGAAAGCUGCUACGGGCUCUGGUAAGACUUUAGCUUAUUUGAUACCGGUUGUACAAACGAUUUUAGAGCAGAAAAAAAUCGAAAAUAGCAGCAGUAGCGAUGAGGAUACUGAAAAUUCUAAAACCUUGGCAAUAAUUUUGGUUCCCACACGCGAAUUGGCGCAACAGGUCACGCAGGCAUUGGAGAAAUUGAUUUUGUACUGUUCGAAAGACGUCCAUACUUUGAAUCUGUCAUCGGGAUUGUCUGAUCAAGUUCUGACGUCUUUUCUCCUUGAUAAGCCAGAAGUGUUGAUUUCAACGCCAGCAAAGCUUGUACAGGCUUUGGAUACAAAGAAAAAUGCGUUCUCGAUUGGGUCCCUGAAAUUUUUGGUAAUUGACGAAGUGGAUCUUGUCCUGACGUUUGGAUACCACAGCGAUUUAACAGAAAUCUCCAGGUACUUGCCUUUGAAGAAAAAUCUACAAACCUUUCUAAUGAGUGCUACUUUGAAUGAUGAUAUUCAGGACCUGAAGGAGAAAUUUUGCCGCUCUCCUGCGAUUUUAAAAAUCAAUGAGGACGAGGUCAGUAAAGAUCAAACCAAAUUGGCACAAUAUUACGUUAGAGUAAGCGAAUUCGACAAGUUUUUACUUUGUUAUGUCAUUUUCAAAUUGGGUUUGAUUAAGGGCAAAACCUUGGUAUUCGUUAACGAUAUCGAUCGUGGGUUCCGUCUAAAACUUGUCUUGGAACAAUUCGGAAUAAGAUCAUGCAUUUUAAACAGCGAGUUACCAACGAACUCGCGCCAGCAUAUUGUGGAGGAGUUCAAUAAAAAUGUCUACCAUCUUUUGAUUGCAACGGAUGAAGCCGGUUACGAUGAGGAUUCGGUCGACCCAGAGAAAACCGAGACAGACGAGGGCGAUAGCAAUUCGGGCGUUGAGACUGCGAAUGGUGAGGCAUCUAAUGGCAAGAAAACUAAGAAGAACUCCAAAAAGGACAAAGAAUACGGCGUUUCGCGAGGUAUCGAUUUCAAAAACGUGGCUUGUGUCUUGAAUUUCGAUCUACCCACGACAGCAAGAUCCUACGUCCAUCGUAUUGGAAGAACGGCGCGUGCUGGUAAGUCAGGCACAGCAAUUUCGUUUGUCGUUCCUUUGAAAGAAUUUGGGAAGCAUAAGCCAUCGAUGUGUAAAACGGCUAAGAAGGAUGAAAAGAUUUUGAGCCGAAUCAUCAAACAGCAAAGCAAAUUGGGGCUCGAAGUCAAGCCCUACUCUUUUGACUUAAAACAAGUGGAAGGGUUCAGAUAUAGAAUGGAGGAUGGAUUUCGUGCCGUGACGCAAGUCGCAGUACGAGAGGCACGUAUCAAAGAGCUGAAAAAUGAGCUGUUGACUAGUGGGAAAUUGAAAAGACAUUUUGAGGAAAAUCCUCAAGAUUUACAGAGUCUAAGACACGAUAAAGAAUUGCAUUCUGCCAGGAUACAACAGCAUUUGAAAAGAGUACCUGACUACUUGUUGCCAGAGGCUGCAAGAGAAAAGCAAAAGAAGAUUGGUUUCGUUCCAUUCCAUAAUCCAAAGAAGAUGAGCAAAGGUAACAACAGGGUACGCAAAAAGAAUACUAAAAGAGGUGCUAAAUCAGACCCUCUCAAAAAUUUCAAAUAG